UUUAAGUGUUCGUCGCUUGGAAACCAAACCCAUGACAUUGUUUGCAGCGGCGUCAUUUUCGAUAUUUUCUACUACACCGUUUUUACAUUACACACGUUUCUCUCCCGUGAUUUUCUUACUCUGCGUACACUUGCCAGGCCAUCAGAAACAGGAUAACAGAGUAAAAAAGGCGAAGUAAAAAGACGUAAAAAUGUUGAAUUUCGAGCUGUGCACGGAGACGGAGCGUCGUGAAGCCGCAGCGAUCGAACGCAGGCGAGCGCAGGAUGAAGAACGCAAGAAACGUAUUUUUGGACCAAAAGCAAAAAUAUUUAUUGAUCACGCUGCGCUAGAUGAGCAAAUUCAACAGAAAAUGAAUCGUGAUGCUGAAGAGAAAAAUAGAGAUGCUAUUUUUGACGAGCAUGCCAGACAAUUCGCGUUAAUGGCAAAGGAUCUUGAAGAGAAAGCAGCACUGGAACGUAAAAAACUCCAACAAGAAAUCAACGAGUUCCGUUUGAACUUCCAAACGAAAGCCUCGCGCCGGGAGGCCGACAUCAACGACGAACCGAUGCCGGCGCGCAUGUUUGACGACGAUCCAAGAUGCGGUCUGUCAUCGAUGCAAAAAUUUGAAGGCGAAGACAUUUACGCUCAAGAAAGACGUAAAAUUCAAGCGGAGCAAACAAAAGUCUGGCUCGAUCAACAGAUGGACGAAAAGGAGCGAGGCGAGCGCGAGAGGCGUGAGGCUGAGGAAGCCUAUAGGGAAGCUACAAGGGCACGAGAUCAGCAAGCACAAGAUUUAGAUAAGCUCGAAAAGGAAUGCAGGCAACGUCUUUCGCUCGCCUGCACCGACUACAACAAAGCGCUUGCUGAUGAGAGAGAUCGAAUGCGUAGAAUGCAACGUCGUGAAGAUGAACAGGACACUCUUGCGCACAAGUACAACGUAAUGAUGAGCGACAUGCUGCUGGAGGCGGCUGACAGUACCACCUCAGCCAAGUCGAAGGGCAAAGGGAUGUCUCGUAGUGAUAGGGUCGCACUAUUUGAAGAGCAAAAACAGCUGGCAAAGGAAGCGCGGGAACGAAAAGAAUUUGAAAAACGUCGUGAUAAAGAGUUUGCUGAAUAUGCCAACGGUGUUAACAUUACAGCAGCAGCAAUUGACAACGAUUUGAACCUUAAAAAACAAGAAUUAAGUCGGGUUAUAGCCGAAGAAAACUUGCGUUUAAGCAGGGAACAGCGUGAUAAAGAACUUUUCCUCAAGAAAGUGGUUUAUACAAACCGUCCAACCGAUGAAUUUUAUGAUCAAUUCAACAAAACUGCGCGAUAAAUGGUUUACAAUAUAUUUUUAUUGCUAACAAGCUGCAGACUCAAAAUUUACAAUAGUUAUCACAUUCAAUGUAUAUCAUUUUAUACUUUAUAUCAUUUUAUAUAAACUAUUUUGGCCCAAUCAGA